AUGGAGAACAGUUACUCGGACCACUCUCAGGCUCCUGCUUUUUCAGCCAUCGGCCCAAAUGUUCCUGGAUCUCAUGAGAUUGUGCGGGAGCAGAGGAGGUUGGUUGAUCAUGGCAUUGAGAUUUCACUGAAGAAUGCAAUGAAAGCAGAAGGCUAUGAUCAAGACUUCAUGAAAAGCAAGGGUGGAAGAAGGGUUGGAAGGAGGCCAAUGGAUAAGGGAGAUGAAGAAGUUGAGGUUCUAAGGGUUAAUUGUGGGGAGAAGUUUGAUGUUGACAAACUUCUGGUGGCAGCGAGACUGUGUCAGCACAACUUCCGGGAUAAUGAGAGCUGCUUUGCAGGGAGCGCGGCAGCGGCGGCGGGAGGCAGCCGCAGGACGGAACAGCAAAUGCUAUUCAGCCCGAGCAGUUUCAAGCCGCCCGAGCUGGGGAAUUACUGUAGUCGAGCUACGGCUCUUACCACCGGCGCUGGAUCUGGGCGCGCGUUAGGGGGGGAAGCUGCAGGCACAGGGCGCCGAGAGGAGAGCUUUCAAGUUACUUUGCUCCAUCCCUGCACUCGGCUGAGGCUUGCAGGCUGCGUGGUGAAACCAGAAGGUAUCUUAUCAUCUCUGUUCAAAGAAGGCACAUGCCAGCCUACAGAGGAAUGCCCACAUGCACAGAAAAUAUUCAAAUUUGCAUGUAUAUCAAGAGGCCUUCAACAGUAUUGCAUCUAAUUAUAAUCUAAAUAUAAAUAUAAUCAUGCAAUUGUCUAAAUAUAAUCAUGCAAAUUAAUAAAUGCCAUUACUUUCCAGCACUAUACUAACAGUUGACUUA